UGAGUGUUUCUUUCGCCCGAGCCUGACAUCGAUUGACCCAGGUGUUGAGCAGGUUUCACUUCUCUAUGAACACUUGAAGCAGUUUAAGAUCAGAGGAAGAAAUCUAAUAGUCGAGGGAAAGCGCGUAGACGCGUGUGAAAUGGAAAGGCUGACGGGCUUGUUCGGCGCAAAGGAAGUCACCAAACCAUACAAACCCAACAAGCAACUCGCUUCCUAACUUUUUUUUCUCGUUUUGGUGCAAGAUCGUCCCCUGUUUGUGGCCAAUAUGAACUCCAGCUGAACAUGACAGUCAGAGGACUUCAUCAUUGCACUAGCCUCUGAAACCUUUGCCAUUGGAAAUAAUUGAACCAGUUUUUUUUGCAUUUACGAAAGGACUUCUUGGGACGACUUGCGUUUUCACAGGGGGGAGACCAAAGAAGUUCUGCCCCCCGACUAUGGACAUGGAAGCAUCGAAUGGCUAUACUGCAAGUAACGGCGACUGCUCUCCCAGGAAGGAGAACUCAAGAAUGCUGCUGGACCUGUCGACCAACACACCCAAUGGCCAGCAUUCCCAAAGUCCUGAUUCCCCUGCCGCCCGUACAAUCAAACAAGAGGAAGGUGCUGAAGAAGAGGCAGAGAGACAGCCGGUUGGUCCAGAUGAGACUGGCCACAGUGGGGAGGAAGGAUCUGGAUUGGAGGAGCCCAUGAUUGACAGCCCAAACAACCUUCAAGAUGCUGGGCCAGGAGCAGAAGCACAAAGUGAAAUAGGAAUAAGACAGCCAAAUGGUGAACGGCCAUUCCAAUGUAACCAGUGUGGAGUUUCAUUUACUCAGAAGGGCAACCUGCUGAGGCACAUUAAGCUGCACACCGGAGAAAAGCCCUUCAAAUGUCCUUUCUGCAACUACGCGUGCCGUCGCCGUGACGCCCUGUCCGGACAUUUGCGCACACACUCAGUGGGCAAACCACACAAGUGCAACUACUGUGGGAGGAGCUACAAACAGCGCACGUCAUUGGAGGAGCACAAGGAAAGGUGUCAUAAUUACUUGCACAGUGCCGGCGUGGACUCCGCUCCCAAUCCUGGCCCGUAUCCAGGGGAUGUUCUGAAGGACCAAAGGCCCAUGGAAUCGCCCAGCAUGCCGGUUUUCGACCGGCCUCCUGUAAUUGAAAGGCUGCAGAUGAAUGUGGGUAAACGGAAGAGUACCACGCCACAGAAGUUUGUGGGUGAGAAAAUGGUUCGCUAUUCGUACCCCGAUCUGAACACGUACUCUGAGAUGGGCCUGAAGUUUGAAAAAGAAGCUGAGCUGAUGCAGGUCCAGAUGAUGGACCAUGCCAUUAGUAAUGCCAUCAACUACCUUGGUUCUGAAUCUCUGAGGCCGGUCGUUCAUCACCCAUCCAUAUCCAUGGCUGAGGUGGUACCAAUGGUCAACCCUCUCUUCCACCCCGUCUACCCAAUGGGCCCUCGCAUGGACCGGCCUACCAGCCGCGAGGCUCCUCCCUUGCCGCACGCUAACCACGAGUUCCCGCACCCAGCCAACGGAGCGAUCCCAUUGGUCAGAUCCAAGAAUCCUCAGUCAGGCCGAGACGGCUCACCAUGCAACAGCGGGCAGGAUUCGGCCGAUUCGGCACGGAGCAGCCCUCGGGACAAGCUCAGCAUCGGCACCGGGCCCAGGUCCAGAUGCAGUCCAGGUUUUGGCCGGCCGGAGGAAGCCAGGGCGAUCGAAGGCGCCCGCAUCGCCGCGAGGGAUGGGGUCCGCGUCUUCGGACGGGAGGGUCAGGAGCUGAGGGUGUUCCAGUGCGAGCACUGCCGCGUUCUGUUCCUGGACCACGUCAUGUAUACCAUCCACAUGGGUUGCCACGGUUACAGAGACCCGCUGGAGUGCAACAUCUGUGGCCACUGCAGCAAAGAUCGCUACGAGUUCUCGUCGCACAUCGUCCGCGGGGAGCACACCUUUCGCUAAGAGACUCCUGCAGAGGUUUUCUGCAGUCGCAGCAUGUACGAGGCUAACAUGCUCACAUGAAGCAUUAUGUGAGCAGAUAUAUGAAGGUUUGGGUCCAAUGGAAAUCUUUUCAUUUUGGUACUGUUUGAAGAUUUUUGUUCUGGUGAGGGGAUGAGUAUGUUUAUGAUGUGAAUGUUUGGUUUAGGCUCGUUCACGCUGCCCUAACAAACACCACAUCUUUUUGGUUAGUUUGUGUCAACCCUGCUGGUGUUUGUUGGGGACAGAGUGGAAAAAGUCUAAAUCUAACAGCCAACUCUGGAAUGUCUGAAAUAUUGGUGUUUGAUAGCUUUUGACUUUUUAUUUUUAAUUUCCCCCCGACCCACAUAGACAUUCCCAAUGUUGGUUUUAUUGUUGUGUGUGUACUGAAUCUUCCAGCAGAGCAGCUAUAUGUUACCUUAAGUUGUGAAGUUCUUUUGUUGUCUGUAUUUUAUCGGAGUACCUCGACCCAUACUGUCACUCCUGUUUCACGGACCUUGAUCGAUUUUACAGGUAAACAGAGCAAAGUACGACGCCGGAGGACCAACUGAGAACUAAACAGUGCUUUAGUUCAGAACAAAAAAAUAGACUUUAAUUCAUGGCUUCAUGCUGCUGUGGCUUCUCAGUGCCUUGCUGAUGUUUUGAGUGGCACAAUUUGCCUUUUGAUGGAGUGUUUUUAUCUUAGUAUCGUCUAUCCUCAUCAGUCGUUCCUUUUCUGUGAAGUUCCAGCAGAACUCUACUGAGACGGGCCUUGUUCACUAACCCUCAUGUUCUGUUAUGAUCGACUUUUGUGUCUUUAUAUGUGGAGCCACAGAGACCCCAAUGAUUUUUGUGUGAAAUCAAUAACAGCAAAUUAACCUUUUAUUUAUGUCUCUCAAACCAAAUGAAAACUUAUGUGAUAUCACAGAGUAGGCAUGAACUUUUCAGAAAUGCGGCUGUUGUCCAGUAUACAAAUUAUUAAUAAAUACAAUCAAAGUAACAUAAAUUGGCAAAACCGCCAUUGCAUUUAAUCCCUUUUUAAUUUGCAGGGUCUCUGAAACGGAACAUGAGGGUUAAAGAUAUACGUACUAUGAAAGUAUCCCUCAAGUACUAUAAGUUAGUACAACAACAGACUUAAUUCGAUGAAGUGUUGAUGACAAUCUCCAUUGUGUCUCACAGAUCUUAAUAUGAAACGUGAUAUAACAUGUACGUAGAGAUGUUUUGACAGAUGAGGUUUGCGCGCCGUGUUUUGCUGCUGUUGAUUCACAGUUUCUGUCGUCUCCUGCGCUCUUAUGCACUUGGCUGAAACUGCACUGUAAAUGCCUUGAUAAACCUGUUUUUGCACUGUUAGCUUGAGGCCUUGGGCAAAAAUCUGCUAUUUUCAUGCUAUUGAUAAAGCGAACAAAGGUCAGCGUGCAGUUCGGCUAGUCGCCGCACAGUAGCCUGUACGGUAUCGUCAUGUAUGUAUGAUUCAACAGGAAAGAAGUCACAGUAUAUAACCGCUGCACCAUGCUUUAACAACAGGGUUGCCAUAUAUUCUUCGUUCAGCUUUGAGACCAAAUGCUUAGAACCAAGCGAACUCUUUUUCAUUAUUUUCGUAUUUCUUUUGUUGUUGUACGGAGUAUAUUUUCAGUACCGAAACUUAUCUACACGUGCGCAUGCCACAUAAGUUAUAGAGCUUUCACAGGGCUUCUGAAAUACGCACUUAUAUUUUUGGUUAGAUUCUGGUUAGCUCUGGUUAGCGCAUUUUGGAUACAGAGAAACGAGCGCAGUGGGGGAAAAAAAGCGUUUCUCAUGAACAGAACAAAGCAGAUCUUUAAAAUCAGAUGGCGUGACAAAUGCGAUUUUGAUGUGUAUUGAUGUCAAAAGAUUGGCGAGAUUUAAUCGCUCACCUAGACUGCACGGGAGCGUCACGAGAUACAAAUGCGGUUUAUUUAUCAGCCCCCCAACCCUUUAAAAGUUUCCCAUGCUCGAUAUGGUGAAGUUCAGAGAAUCGUUCGCUAGUUGCUUCGCGUUGUUUAUAGGGCAUUGAAAAGGUUUAUUUUUUCUUUCCUUGUCAUCUCUUUCUUUGUUAUUUGUAAAUAUUGUGACAUUAGCACUCUGUCGCACAACCCAUGAAUCCAGCUUUAAUGAAUGUGGACGGCUCACUGCGGCCUUCACGACGGUCAGAAUCUCACGUGCACAUUUGAUGAGCUUUUCCGCAUUGUAGCGUUUUGUGUCGGUUCUCGAAGAGCCUCAUCACUAUCUUUCUUUAAAACCUAAAUGCCUUUGCCGUGCCUGUUGUAGUUUUCUUACCCUUUGAAAAUCUUCGCUUUUUUAUUUCUGCUUGGAAAAAAAUGCAAAAUACUGUGAAUAUGCCCUUUAAACAUUCUGAUGAAUAGCUCUGAUAGAAGCGCAUUCGUAUUGUUUGAACGUACCGUUUUUGUUGCUUUGCCUUUUUUACAUGCAAAACAAAUAUCACGACACACGCACACAGUCUCUGAAUUCCUGGAACUUUUUGAAGAAUUGAUUUGCUGUGAAGCAUGAAUAUCUUUGUGUGUUUUUCGUUUUAUUUUUCGUUUUAUUUGAUUGGUGUCACAUGCAGGCAUGAUCAUCAGGCUCGCUGAAUGUGCUCCACAACUCCAGGGCAUUUUAUACAACUAGUAUCAUAUCUUAUUGUACAGUAUGUUAUACUUUUUUCCCAAAAACAGGAACAAGGUGAAGGAAACAAUGAUGUAAGACUAUGUUUACAACCGAAUAACCAAGAGCACACGAACAAAACAUGUUCUUGUGAGUCCACACUUGUGGAAAGUGGAGAGUACUUGAAGUUACGAGAACGGCCCUCUAAAGUCAGGUUUCACUUUUUACCUUAAAGUGUAUGGGACUGCUAUUUUCUCAUCUGUGUACAUAUCUAUUUUUUGUGAGAGAACAGUGUUUUUACCUGUUCUUACGGACUGUGGACCUUACAAACAGUAUAAAAAAAAGGUUUGCAGUGUAUUUUUAUAUACAAGUGAAUAAAUGUGUGAAUUACAUACAGUAUAUUUUGGUAAACAUGUUGAAAGGGGGUUUUCUUUUGCUGUGUGUUGGUUCGCUUUUUUGGGUUUUCUCAGGUACAGUGUUGUCAAAAUCUUAUAAUAACUGCAUUUGUAAGGAAGUGUAGGAAAUGAAUUAAUAUUGAAUUGUUUGGUAAUAUAUGACUUGAAUGUCAAAUAUCCAAAUCUAUCUAUAUGAAUAUAUUUUUUAAAUGUAUCCAUCUUACAAGAAAGACCAGGGUUUACUGAUAUACAUUUUUUUCUAAAAGUUGAAAUUUGUAACUUCGAGAAAUCGUUGAGAAAUUUGUGUUGUUGAUUUUUGAAGCAUGGGCUUUUCUGCAUUAAACUCAGUCAUCGUCAGAACCUGUUUGUCGUUUCCUU